AUGAAUAAUUAUGAGCAAUAUGCCAAUAUGAACAAGGAUACUAAAGAUCGUAUGUGUAAUCAUAACAACAUAGAACAAGCUUAUGAACAAAUUAAAUUCUCUUCCAUGGAAAACAAUAACAAGAAUGUUAAAUCUUCGUUGAAAAGAACUGAACGCAAGAUGGAUGAAAAUCAACCACAAUCUGAUAACAACUCAGCGAUUGGAAGUGAAAUUGAUGAUUCGCAAUGGCAAUACCAAAGAAAAUCAAAUAAAAGGGUGAACAAAGAACCACGAAUUAAUUCUUUUGUCCGAGGAAGAACAAUAACAUCGACAUCGCAUGGUUAUGGUAGAACAGAAAAAAAUAUAACACGUCAUCCGCCCCCGCAAUAUGAAGAAAAAAAGAUCGAAAGAAAAAUCGACAGUCAUCAGCUGUCAAACUGUGAAUGUCAACAGCAAAAUGUACAAUAUUUAGGUGCUAAAUGUGUAAACAGAACAAUGAACAAACUAACCGUAUUACACAGGGAUAAUCAUCCCAUUGAUGGAAAUGAUGAAAUCUAUGUAACCAGACAAGCAAUGAAAUUUGCAGUUGAAGACAGAUUUUCACCACUGAAAAUUCACAGUAAUCCCGGAUUAAAAAAUCACGAGGAGGGUGAAAGUAUUGUUAAGGAAUUCAUCAAGCAUAUUGAAAGAAAUUUCAAGAAACUAAGCCCAUAUUUUAACCAACCACUAGGUUUUGAUCACUAUAUAGUUGAUAACAAAGGAUCCUUAAUAUGCUUUACAAAAUACAUUGAAUUAUUCAUAUACAUCUGUGACUUAAAUAACUAUCCAAAGGACUUCAACAACAUUAUAUUAAGUCCUGUUUUGCCUAUAAAAUUACCAGCACAUAAUGUGAUUAUGUUGAAAUUUAUUGAUAAUACAAUUAUAUUUGAUGAUAUAAAAACACAUGUAAAAGAAAAAUUGAAAAGUGUUUAUACCAUGGAAGAAAUGAUGGGCACAAUGAACUAUCGAUCGCGUCAUAUACGCAUCGACUUAUUGUCGAAAGAUGAAUACAAAAGUGUACUAAAUAGUGGUAAGAUUGCAUUAGGUGGGCACCUAUACGAUGUAGAUGAAUACUUACCAUCACCGAGGAUCCUCAUAUGUAAUAAACGUAAUUCACCGGGUCAUUUGAAGAAGAACUGUAAAUCAAUCAUUGAAUUAUGUAAAAGAUGUGGGAACGACAGAAAUGACGGAGCCGAUCAUAAGAACUGCAACAUUAAGCGUCACCAUUGUAGUGAAAAUCAUGAAGCUGCCAGCUUCAAAUGCGCAUGGAUAUCUAAAUUUAGACAAGAUUUAUUGCUCAAAUUAAAAGAAAAUAAACAUUUAUUACCACGAAAUAUCCAAUUUUAUAUUCCGCAACAAUAUCGCGAUCACAAAGGCGAAAAGGCUUUGAUGAACAACAGCGUAGAAAAUUAUCAUCUCCAAACCCAACAUUAA